AGAGGGAGCAAUUGCAAGAAAAGAAUAAGAAAUUUCUCACAUCCCUGUUAUGUGAAGGGGCGGUGAUUUGAGGCAAUGACAGAUUAGGAAAACCGAAUCUUGCAGUUAAAUAGUGCCCGAACAGCUAAAUUUAUUUUUAAACAAGGAAGCAGUUCGCCGUCCUUUUGCAGCCACCGUAGGUGGGUGUGUAAGAGGAAGUCCUGAGCUUGAUGGGCUGAGUAGUAGCGGAGCUUUCUGUGAAUGGGAGCCCGCUUCGCGUUGCUAUGGGAUUCCCGGGCUACGUUCCACUGAUCCUCGCGCUCAGCGCCUCCUGCUUCCUGGCUGCUGCCCAGCUCCCCCUGGUCACCAAUACUUGGCCUUUUAAAGACGCAACACAGCGAGCAUGGGACACUCUUCAUUCUGGAGGUUCAGCAUUGGAUGCAGUAGAGAAAGGCUGCAGCCAGUGUGAGUUUGAGCAGUGUGAUGGUACUGUGGGAUAUGGUGGAAGUCCAGAUGAACGCGGGGAGACGACACUGGAUGCUAUGAUUAUGAAUGGUAACACAAUUGAGGUUGGAGCAGUUGGAAACCUGCGAAGAAUUAAAAGUGCAAUCAGCGUUGCAAGAGCAGUGAUGGAACAUAGCAGUCAUUCAUUGUUGGUGGGAGAGUCAGCAUCAAUCUUUGCUCAGAAUAUGGGAUUCCUCAGUGAAGACUUAACAUCAAAUAAAUCUCUGUCCAUCCAUGCAGAAUGGCUGAGCAAAAAAUGCCAGCCCAAUUACUGGAAGAAUGUCUUUCCAAAUGCUAAAACGUCUUGUGGACCAUAUAAACGAAAGGAAGGGCAAUGGGCAAAAAGACAUAGAAUGCCAGCACAUGUGGUCGAUGUUCACAACCAUGAUACCAUUGGUAUGAUUGUAAUUGAUAAGAGUAGAAGUAUAGUGGCUGGAACAUCUACUAAUGGUGCAACGCAUAAAAUCCCAGGCCGUGUGGGAGAUUCACCAAUAGUUGGGGCAGGUGCUUAUGCCGAUAGCACAGCCGGAGCUGCAGCUGCUACAGGAAUGGGCGAUAUUAUGAUGCGGUUUCUCCCAAGUUACCAGGCAGUGGAAUAUAUGAGAUUGGGAAUGGAACCAACUACAGCUUGCCAGAAAGUUAUUGCAAGAAUUCAGAAGUAUUACCCAAAGUUUUUUGGCGCAAUCAUCUGUGCGAACAGAACUGGAGGUUAUGGUGCUGCAUGCAGUAAAUGUCUAGGAUUCAACCAAUUCCACUUUAUGGUUCACAAUCCAUCAGGGACCUCGGAGCAGAUAGUGGAUUGCAUUUAAAGCUACAGUGAUGCAUCACUUUCAACGACUUUAAGGCUUGUUAUCAUUUGCACUCACUUUUGAACCUAAAUGACACCUUGCAAUCUGUUAACGUAUCGUAAGAAACCUUGUUGUCAUGUGAUUUGGUAACUGGACCAUAUUGAUUGCCAAUAUAGUCUUUGCAGAUUGUUUGUCUUUGAAUUUUGAGAUGUAUUCUAAAUGUGAACACUCUUUGUUCAUGUGCAUGCACAUGAACACUUGACCUUUCAGAAUCCGCUGAGCUUGUGUCAUUAUUAGACCAUGAUUGAUCUAUACCAUGAGUCCAGGAGAAAGUGAGGACUGCAGAUGCUGGCGAUCAGUGUUAAAAGGUGUGGCUUUGGAAAAGCACAGCA